UACUCACUUCUCUUCUUACCCUAAACCCAAAAAAACCCCUUCUUCUCUGAAGCUCACACUCUACACCACACUCAACUCUCUCCAAUCUCACUGCAUCUUCCAAAAUGGACGAUAGCUUGUACGACGAGUUCGGCAACUACAUCGGACCCGAAAUCGAGUCCGACCAAGACUCCGACAGAGAACCUUCCGACGACGAACAGCCUUCCGACGCCGACACCGCCCAACCUUCCGACGGCGAGGCUCCCGCCACCAAUGGCUGGAUCACCGCAUCCGGCGACCCCAACGACGUCGACAUGGUCGACAACCAGGUGGUCCUGGCGGAGGACAAGAAGUACUACCCCACCGCCGAAGAAGUCUUCGGCGAAGAUGUGGAAACCCUAGUCAUGGAUGAAGAUGAACAGCCACUGGAGCAACCCAUUAUCAAGCCUGUGAGGAAGAUGAAGUUCGAGGUUGGCGUGAAGGAUUCGUCAACCUACGUUUCGUCACAAUUUCUUCUGGGUCUCAUGUCGAACCCUUCGUUGGCUAGGAAUGUGGCUCUUGUGGGGCACUUGCAGCAUGGGAAGACGGUGUUCAUGGAUAUGCUGGUGGAGCAGACUCACCAUAUGUCCACGUUUGAUUCACAGAGUGAGAAGCAUUUGCGGUAUACUGAUACGAGGAUUGAUGAACAGGAGAGGAGGAUUUCGAUCAAGGCUGUGCCCAUGACGAUGGUGCUGGAGGAUAGUAACUCCAAGUCGUAUUUGUGUAAUAUUAUGGAUACUCCUGGCCAUGUUAACUUCUCCGAUGAAAUGACCGCCGCUUUGAGGCUCGCUGAUGGUGCUGUUUUGGUCGUUGAUGCUGCUGAGGGAGUGAUGGUAAACACUGAGAGAGCAAUUCGCCAUGCGAUUCAGGAGCGACUGCCCAUUGUUGUUGUACUCAAUAAGGUUGACAGGAUCAUAACUGAACUUAAACUACCCCCAAAAGAUGCUUAUCAUAAAAUAAGGCAUACUUUGGAAGUCAUUAACACUCACAUAUCUGCUGCCUCCUCGACUGCGGGUGAUGUCCAAGUUAUAGAUCCAGUUGCUGGGAAUGUUUGUUUUGCAAGUGGCACUGCUGGGUGGUCUUUUACAUUGCAAUCAUUUGCUAAAUUGUAUGGGAAGCUACAUGGAGUUCCUUUGGAGCCUAAUAAAUUUGCUUCUCGCCUUUGGGGAGACUACUAUUUUCAUCCUGAUACCAGAACCUUCAAAAAGAAACCCCCUGUCAGUGGAGGAGAACGAUCUUUUGUUGAGUUUGUACUGGAGCCGCUUUACAAGAUAUAUAGCCAAGUAAUUGGGGAGCAUAAGAAAAGUGUGGAGACAACUCUAGCAGAACUUGGAGUUACUCUAAGUAAUGCAGCUUAUAGAUUAAAUGUUAGACCAUUGCUAAGGCUGGCUUGUAGCUCUGUUUUUGGUCAAGCUUCAGGUUUCACUGAUAUGCUUGUUCAGCAUAUACCUUCCCCGAGAGAUGCCGCAGUAAAGAAAGUUGAUCAUAUAUAUACCGGACUGAAAGACUCAUCCAUCUACAAAGCCAUGACACAGUGUGAUUCUUCAGGGCCCCUAAUGGUUAAUGUGACCAAGCUGUAUCCAAAGUCUGAUUGUAGUGUCUUUGAUGCUUUUGGUCGAGUUUAUAGUGGCAAGAUACAGACUGGACAGACAGUACGUGUUCUGGGAGAAGGAUACUCACCGGAUGAUGAGGAGGACAUGACUGUAAAAGAAGUAACUAAGUUGUGGGUAUAUCAAGCCCGUGAUAGGAUGCCAAUAUCGGAGGCUCCUCCAGGUUCUUGGGUUCUUAUUGAAGGUGUGGAUGCUUCAAUCAUGAAAACCGCCACUCUAUGUAAUGUCGAUUAUGAUGAGGAUGUAUACAUAUUCCGCCCUCUCCUGUUCAAUACUCUGUCAGUGGUGAAAACAGCGACUGAGCCAUUAAAUCCAAGCGAGUUGCCUAAAAUGGUGGAGGGCCUGAGGAAAAUUAGCAAGAGUUAUCCUUUAGCGGUUACUAAAGUUGAGGAGUCUGGGGAGCACACUAUACUAGGGACUGGCGAGCUGUACUUGGAUUCAAUUAUGAAGGACCUAAGAGAGCUCUAUUCUGAAGUCGAAGUCAAGGUAGCAGAUCCUGUAGUUUCGUUUUGUGAAACUGUUGUUGAAUCUUCAUCAAUGAAAUGUUUUGCUGAAACACCAAACAAGAAGAAUAAAAUAACAAUGAUUGCUGAGCCACUAGAAAGAGGUCUUGCUGAAGACAUAGAGAAUGGUGUUGUUAGCACUGACUGGAAUAGAAAGAAACUGGGUGAAUUUUUCCAGACUAAAUAUGACUGGGAUCUUCUUGCUGCGCGAUCAAUCUGGGCAUUUGGCCCUGAUAAGCAGGGCCCCAAUAUUCUGUUGGACGACACCCUUCCAACUGAAGUUGACAAGAACCUGCUAAAUGCUGUUAAGGACUCCAUUGUUCAGGGAUUUCAAUGGGGUGCACGAGAAGGACCUCUUUGCGAUGAGCCCAUCAGAAAUGUUAAGUUUAAGAUUGUUGAUGCAAGGAUUGCCCCAGAGCCACUUAAUCGGGGAUCUGGCCAAAUCAUUCCAACUGCUCGACGAGUGGCUUAUUCAUCUUUCCUUAUGGCUACCCCUAGGUUAAUGGAACCAGUAUAUUAUGUAGAGAUUCAAACUCCAAUAGAUUGUGUAUCUGCGAUCUACACUGUAUUGUCUCGUAGGCGUGGACAUGUUACUGCUGAUGUUCCUCAACCAGGCACCCCUGCUUAUUUAGUUAAGGCAUUUUUACCCGUGAUAGAAUCUUUUGGUUUUGAGACUGACUUGAGAUACCAUACACAAGGUCAAGCAUUUUGCGUCUCAGUUUUUGAUCAUUGGGCUAUUGUUCCUGGUGAUCCUUUGGACAAAGGCAUUGUUUUGCGUCCCCUUGAACCGGCACCAAUCCAGCAUCUUGCCCGUGAGUUUAUGGUAAAGACAAGGCGUAGAAAGGGAAUGAGUGAGGAUGUGAGCAUAAGUAAGUUCUUUGAUGAGGCUAUGAUGGUGGAACUGGCACAGCAAGAGGCAGAUCUUCAUCAACAGAUGAUGUGAUCUUCACUAAAGUUUCUGCUCGAUUUGAUCUUCAUUUUGGAUUUUUCUCAGAAGCUCAGGAGUUAAGCCUGUUCCACUGUGAAACUGAGUACAAGCAGUUGCAUGAUACAAGCAAAUUAUUGGUGCAGUACUCGUGAGUUGGCAGGGGUUUGGCACAGCUAUUUCACGUACUGAUGCAAGCUCUUAUGUCACUGAAAGAGAAUUGAAUUAUCAGUCUAUUGUCCAAUUGAAAAAAGCUUUCUUGUUUCUAUCUAAUUGUGUUGAUUGGAUCAUGUUGAUCUUAUAACUUAUUGUAGGAAACAAAACACUUAGAAAGAAAAAAGAAGUUAAUUGUAUGAAAGAUACCACAUAGGUUUAAGAGAAUUCUAUUUUCGAUGAAGCUACUGUGUAACAAUUAUAGCAUGAGCCAAAACACAACCAGCUGAUGCAGAACUGCACUUAUGAUAUAUUUGUCUGUGAUCUAGAUUUUAUGGAUGUGAACAAUUCGCUAAA